AUUGCGCUUUAUUCGCAACUGGCGACUCUUUUGUAUCGACUGAGAGAACAUUCGCUAAGCGAAAGAUGGUGCCACUGAAAUGUUUCCAACGUUUUCAAAUAGUACUUCCACAGCUGCUAACACUCUUUAGAGGAAGCUACAAAAAUAUUUUCACGAAGAAGUCACCAAAUCUUCCUUGAGUAAGACAAUAAUGUCCUUGAAACAGGUGAAAUAAACCAUCAUUAUCAAGCGGAUGAGUAAUUCUCACCGAUCUGUUAUCUCUGUGGGCAACGAGAAGAAAAACAGUGGGAAAAAUUUUAUACCAUGACAAAAUUUUCGCUAAAUAAGCUCAGGUGGAGAAAUGUAAACUCUACAACUCUGCAAUGCAAAUUAUAUGGCAGGAAAUCCCUGUGGACGUGGUCAAUUGAUGUAAUUUAUGUGUGCUCCUGGUACGAGGAAUAAUACAUCAAAAAUAUUGUCAACAGGGUUUUCGAAUUUUUCUCGCAAUGCUUCGGAAACAAAUUACUGGUCUGAAAUGAAUGUAAUUAUAUCCUCACGAGGUAUGAGAAACACCAAACAUUUUCCACGAUGAGUCAACUAAUCUAAAACCUAUCGUUUUUCUUGGACUCGGAACUUGAUUAUGCUCUUUCUGGAAACAGCAGUUCAGGUUCGUCACAUCGACAGAUAGUUAUUGACAAUUCUCAUUGAAAUAUUUGUCAAAUCGUAUUUCACUCAGCAAAAGGACAAUGAGAUUUCUAGUUUCAUUCAUUCUUUGGACGAUCAUCAUUGCUCUCCUGAUACUACUUUCUCAUGGAACUAAAAACUAUGGUCCUCUAAUCAAGAAUAUCCACGCUAAAUAUGGAAAUUCUGGAGUAAUCGUAGUUUCUUCGACAAGUUAUCUCUCGUUUGAAAAGACAACGAUCUGGCACGAAACAUACAGAACAUUAUCUAAUGAGGGAAUAUCGACACUUAUCAUAGAUUUCAGCCAAUUCGAGGAGCGUUUAAAAGUCUAUAUUGAACGCACUCAUCGUCCGUUCGUUGUCAUUCACAUCGAUACAAUGGAAGCAUUGUACAGCUUUGAAGUUAUCGCCCAUAAUUUACAAAUGGGCUAUCCUCAUUGGCUAAUAAUUUUUGACAGCGAUGCUGAUCCUAGGGUCUGUGAAACGUGUCGUAAUCUACAUGGAAAUAUAUUCAAUCUGAAUUUCGACUCGAAAGUACUCAUUUCCUGCUGCAAAUCUACGAUGAUUGAAGAAUGGUGGAGUAUCGAUAUGAAACGGGUAAAAACACAGGAAAUUGCUCGAUUCAAUAAUGAAAAUUUCGAAAUUGAGUGGUUCACUGAUGAAGUACUUAGUCAAAGAAGACAUUCUAUGGAUGGACAAAUAUUACGUAUCGCUGCAGUUGUGGAAGCGAAAACCAAAAAACCGAACGAUGACAAUCUUUAUGGAGUUCCAGGGGAAAUGCUCAAAAGUUUGUCUGCAGCAAUGAAUUUUACAGCUUCAAAAAUUAUCUGGGAGGUCCAGCAUGGAACUUCUAGGGCUGAAAUUUCAACACCGACAGGAAUUCUUGGAACAAUAUAUCGUGAUGAAGCUGAUUUAGCUAUAUCUGGAAUUGUUAUGGUCCAAACCCUAAACCGUUUCAUUCGUUUCACGACUCCUGUGCUGACUGGAUAUUACCAAUUUCACUUCAAAGAUUUAGAGGCUGCCCAAUUAUCUUGGAACGCUUAUUUGAAGGUAUUCACUGCAGGUGUGUGGAUGGUUAUCGUCGGUCUAAUUAUAACAACACCUAUUGCUUUGACUUUAAUGGACCUCCUAUGGAAUGGAAAGAAAGACCAUUUUUUUCCUCUUCUCUUCAAAUACUAUUUACGUGUUUGGGGAAUGUUCUGUCAACAAAGUUUACAAGACUUCCCCACUGAAACACAUCUGAGAAUUUUUUAUACAUCACUAAUGAUGUCGACGCUGAUUAUCUCAAGUGCAUACAGUGCCUCAUUAAUGAGUACGUUUGCGAUGUCUUCAUCAUAUGCACCAUUCAGGUCAAUGGAAGACUUUGUUAACGAUGGAGGUUACAAGUUCAUAGUUGUAAAAAACUCUUCAUUUUAUGAUGCAUUCAAGUAUUCCAACGUAACUAUCAUGAAAAAGAUGAUGUCCCUUAUGAAACCCAUCAACUUGCUUCCCACAAGCUACACGGAAGGAUUUCAGCAGUUAUGCGAUGAAGAGGUAGCUUUUUUCACUCACGAAUUUUCUAAACGUUCUGAAGUAACCCUACCGUGCAAAAUGACUUCCGUAUACGUCGGCAAUAUACAAACCUUGGCGAUGAUAACGCCGAAGAAUAGCCCGUACAUAGAGCAUUUCAAUUACCAUAUUCGAAAGAUCAUCGGCAACGGAAUGAUGAGACAAUGGGUGAUUAAGCAUUACGUUACGCACCCAUCAAGGAAUAUCAGUUAUCAAGCUAUCCAGCUGCAAGGAAUCGUACCCCUUAUAUGCAUCCUGGCUGUUGGAAUUUUACUUGCCGCGAUAAUUUUCAUGUUCGAGAAAAAUUGGUAUCUAUUUGCGAAGAAAUUGUCUAUUACUAAUAAACGAGGAACAACGAUUAAAAGAACGUCCCCGUUAAUUGAACGAGUACAAUCCAUUAUCAAAAUUGAAUGAGGGGAGCUUGUAUGAUCUACACGACGUUGUCCACACCUAACACUCUACAUGCAGACAUCCCUAGCACAGUAUUGAAAAAAACACAAGAAUUUGAAUUUUCAACGCUGCAUUUUAACAUUUCACAGCAAUUGUGAUACAAAUAAAAAUAAUAA